UUAUGGCUUACGCUUGGUUCUCAAAAACUAUGAAUAAUGUAGUAAAAUCAUUCAAAUUUUAAAAUGCAGUCCAGUUAUAAAUUGGUGAAUAUUGAAAGCCUCAUUUUUUUACGAAAUUUUUAGCUAAUGAUUUUUUUUAUCAUUCUAAGACCUACCCACAUUUUUUUGAUGGGCUCCUAAUAGAUUCCGGUAUGACCUCGAUUAAACUUUCAUGCGAACGUCACUAUGACGUCACGUCACGUCACGUCACGCGAAUUCGAAAUCCAAAUCCUAACUAAGUCAAAAAGUGCCGGGAGAAAAUUUUCACGGACACGUCUUCAAGUUAUUUUUAGUUGUUUGAUUUGUACACAACGCCAAGCGUCAUAGCCUACAUAUCUACGGGCUACGUUGCUAGCGGAAUGUACAUAAUGUACAUCUUGCACUAUGUACAGCGUAUAUACAGAUAGACAUAACAAUAUAAGCGACGCUGCUGAUGUGUGCGUGCCGGCGUAAUGAGCGUUCUAUGUGCUAAGAAACAGUAAAAAGUAUGGCGCGAACGCGAGGAGCGGCAACGUUGCGUGCGUUCCGAGGCCUUGCCACAGUGAAAACAAUAGUCAUUUUUAUUAUUUUUGAAUAAUUUAUUUAUGCAUUAUGUGAUGAUAAUGAGCUAUCACUUCCAGACGAGAGGCUGACACAAUUUCACCGUUCAUUAUUCACCAAUUUCUUAUUGGAUUUAGCACAUUUACAGUUACCUUACAGGUGAAAAUAAUCCACCUGCAAGCUUUACCAUACUGAACAUAGAUUUUUUCGAACGAAAAAAUGUUAAAAUGGACAUCUAUUCAACACGCAUGCCGAAAGCGUCUAAAAAUCGAUAUAAUAUCAAUAAUAAAAAACAAACAAAGCGUACAAAAAUAGCCGUAGAAUAAAAAAAAUAGUAACCGAUGUUGACCUUUCCGAGCGCGCGUCGUUACUAGACAGCUGACGCGGCGUUGCCAAACCGCUCCAGUAGACUGCCAUCCAAAACGCUUAUCGCCUCUAUUGUAACGCUAUAACAGUCAAAAUCGCGUAUCACCGCAAAGUAUAUAAGGGAUUUAGGACGUUCCUUCACGGUUAGAUGACACAUCUCGCGCGAAAAAUUUGAAAUGCUUUUUAUCAGUCACGGCAUUGAAUAGUGCGGUUGUUUCCUCGAUUGUGUUUCAACUAAAUCGGGUUUUCAGUUAGCUUAUUGAACUACGGAAACCAAAGUGUCCAAAGUACCUAUGAAUAGAGAAGCUAUUUAGAAUAAAAAAAAACUAUUUAUUAGUGUGUAAAAAUAAUAUUUAUUUAAAUAUAAGUGUGAUAACUAAAAAGUGCAAUAAAGCAACCGAGUGCAAUAUAAAAGUACCAGGCUCGCAUAAAACAGUGGUAGUGUUGACCAAUGGUGAUGGCUCGGUGACAAAGUGGCCUACAUGCCAGUGGCGCUGGGCUCGCUCGGCGGCGAGGGCGAGUACCGCGAGUACGGCCACCAUCUCUCGCCGCACCACCCCCCGCACCCCCACCACCCGCACGUGUACCACGAGUAUGCGCCGCCGCCGCCGCUGUACCACCCCGCGCCGGACCCUUACUUUGGCAGACGACACGCGCCAUACUUCGGCCAGCCAGACUACAGAGUUUAUGAACUCAAUAAGCGGUUACAACAGAGGACAGAGGACUCAGAUAAUUUAUGGUGGGACGCGUUCGCGACGGAGUUUUUUGAAGACGACGCGACACUCACGCUCACAUUUUGUUUAGAAGAUGGCCCUAAAAGAUACACGAUAGGAAGGACGCUCAUACCGCGCUACUUCCGCAGUAUAUACGAGGGCGGCGUCUCGGAGUUGUACUACACGAUGCGGCAGCCGAAGGAAUCCUUCCACAACACCAGCAUCACGCUGGACUGCGACCACUGUACCAUGGUCACCCAUCACGGGAAGCCCAUGUUCACUAAAGUAUGCACAGAAGGCCGGUUAAUCCUGGAGUUCACAUUCGACGAUCUAAUGAGGAUCAAGUCGUGGCACAUGGCGGUGCGAGCGCACCGGGAGCUCAUCCCGCGCCAGGCCGUGCACCCGCCCGACCACGCGGCCUUGGAUCAACUGGCCAAGAACAUCACGCGGCAAGGAAUCACUAACUCCACACUGAACUACUUGCGGUUAUGCGUGAUACUAGAACCGAUGCAGGAGCUGAUGUCUCGACACAAGGCGUACGCGCUGUCACCGCGAGACUGCCUCAAGACCACGCUGUUCCAGAAGUGGCAGCGGAUGGUGGCGCCCCCUGAAUCGCAACGUCCGGCGAGCAAGCGACGCAAGCGCAAAGGCAGCGCCGGCGCCAACGCCGCGCCGCCCGCGCCCGCCAAGAAGCGCUCGCCCGGGCCCAACUUUAGCCUCGCCUCACAGGACGUGAUGGUGGUUGGCGAACCUUCCCUAAUGGGCGGUGAGUUCGGCGACGAGGACGAACGGCUCAUCACCCGGCUCGAGAACACCCAGUACGAGGGCGACGGCGUGGAAUGGUCGGCGCCUCCGCCCGCGUCGCCCGCCAAGACGCCGCCCGGCGCGCACUGACGACACUAAAUAAAUAAAUAUAGGCCUUUACGGAUAAAUUAUUA